AUGAGAGAAUAUUCCGAUCUAAAUAUGAGUUGCUUAACAGAAGGAGGACGAUUCCUACUCAUCACUCUUAAUGUUAUUUUUAUGAUUGUAGGCAUCAGUGUAUUUGCCUGUGGAAUACUGCUGAAAUGGUUCCUAGGGGAGUUGCUAAAAAACAGCAUCGUGAAAACCAUGGUUGAGUCCGCGUUUCGGGAGAUCACAAAAGACAGCGUCGUUCCGAACACGCUGGAGUUUGGUCCCCUGACUCAAGGGGCAGCACUCGCGCUGAUGAUUAUAGGGGGCAUUCUUUUCCUGCUCUCGUUCAUGGCGUGCUGCGGGGCUUGUUGCCAAUGGAGACCACUUCUGUGGCUGUUCUCCAUCUUUUUAGUUGUGUUUGUCAUAGCUGAGAUCGUUGUGUUUACCCUAAUGCUGACUCCGAAUUCUGCGAUCCACCUGAAUGCGAGAGACGCUCUCACGGACACGCUACACUUGUCGUACAGACCCCAGACAGGUGACCCCUUUACCGCCACUGCCGAUCUCGUCAUGAUCUCGAUGAAGUGCUGUGGAGUAAGUGGACCGGACGAUUUUUUUAACAUGUCUCUCGUGUAUGACGUGAAUGGGAUGGAGCAGGAAACGGAAGUUCCGCCAUCUUGUUGUUCAGAAAGCGUUAUUCAGACAGUUGAUUACGUGGAUUGUGCGCAGAAUCCAACGACAAACAACACAUUUCAAAUUGGAUGUUACGACGCCAUGUUCGUUAAGGUUGAGCCGUGGAGGUCGUGGCUAAUAACCGGACUCGUUGUCGGUGUCAUAUUCCAGCUGAUCGAGGUGGUAUGCGCAGUGUACGCCGUGAAGGUGAACAAAGUGUUCCCGGACUAA